CCACCACAGCCGAGCCACGCGCACCACGACGAAGGCGGAGCUGGCCACCACUGGUCGCUGCUGCUAGCCCUGGGUUUUGCUAGGGCUUUACCCCGCGGCGGCGGCGAUGGAGGCGGAGGAGAUAGGCCUCGUCCUCGCCCGCGCCUCCGACCUCCGCUCCAGGAUAUCCGCGGUGGGGUCGCAGCGGGGCGACGCCGAGGAGGCGGCGCUGAAGCGGUUGGGCGCCCCGGGGGAGGACGAGGAGAUGGAGAGCCUAGUCGGCAUCAGCGACGCGCUCGAGUCCCUCGAGCGGCAGCUCGCCACUCUGCAGGACCUCCAGCACCAGCAAAGAUAUGAACGAGAAACCAUCUUGAUCCAGAUCGACCGUAGUCGGAGAUUCCUACUUAACAAGCUCAAAGAAUACAAGGGGCAGGACUGUGAGGUAAUACAUGAGGCUGCCGCUUUUGCCGGUGAAAAAAUUGAACAUGACGAUGGUCUAAUCCUUCCUCCUUACUCAAACCAUGUCACCAAUUCGUUUGUGCUCAACGAUCUGUAUCCUCUAGACUACGUGUCCAAGUCCAAGCGCUUGCAUAACGGACUGGACUCUGAUGGCACGGCUCAAGACGAUACAAUAACAAACGGGCUAGAGAGCAGAAAUACUAGCACCUCAAACCGCAGUUUGCGAGGAGGGAUUGGGUCCUUCAUUGGAUGGAUGGCUAAAACGGCAGUCAUGGUUGUAGGCGCUGUAUCUAUCAUGAAGGCUGCUGGCUACGAGCCUGUGAUAGCUAGAAAUAGCAUCAAGUUGGACAUCGUGGGGCUGUUCAGUAAAGAGGCAACCAGCAGAGAAGAGCGGCGGAGUACUUUGCAUUGCCCUCCAGGUAAAGUGAUGGUGCUCGAGGAUGGCAGGGCUCACUGUGUUGUGAAGGAAAGAGUUGAGAUACCCUUCGAUGCCAACCUGGCAUCCCCGAAUGCAAGCUAUGGUUUAGGCUGAAAUCGGCCAAUGUGGAUAUUAGGAUCUAGCUCGUCCCUGAGGGGUUCUGGAGGAAUUGUGACUUGAGUUUUGUAAAUCGGCCCAUCACUUCAAUUGUUUCUUUUAUUUCUUCAUUUGGCGCUGAACAUGCUCAUUGAGGUCUUCAAGCUUGUGUAUUGUGCCCCAUGUUAAAAUCACGGCUUUCUUGUUCA